UAUCAGUCGGAUCAAAUGUCAUAAAAUAAAUUAACUUAAAAGAAACUAUAACUAUUAUAAUAAUAUUAAAGUGUGAAAUAGUCUUUAAAGAAUUUACGAUCAAUUGCGGAUACGUAAAGUACAUAUUAAAGUGAAAUGACAAAUCGAGUUAGAAACACAAGUAAGGUCGAAGCUUUAAUUGAAAGCUGCCGAAGUGAGGGGAAAUGGCAAAAAGUAAUAGAAUUAGCAGAGGAAUUGAAAAUUAGCUCUCCAAAUUGUGAAUGCUUAGCAAACUUUCUUCUCGGAGAAGGGUAUUUGGAAAAUUAUUUAGAAGAGAAUGAUCCUAUAGAAACAAAUUUUACCAAAGCGAAAACUGGUUUACAAGAAUCCAGACAAUGUUUAAGUUUAGUUACUGGAGACGAUGGACGUCGUGCUGGCAUCGCUUUGGAUGCUUAUUUAUUGCUAGCCAAAUUGUGUUAUGCUUGUGGUCAAUAUGAAGAAAGUUUAGAGAAUUUUAUUAAAGCUGAGUUAAAUACACUAUCAGAAAAGGAAUUAACUUUGCGUAGUUUAAAAAUAUUAGCCGAAUCAUAUGCAAUUAAGGGGCUAUGUUUAGAGCAUCAAACUUCCAGAGCAUCUUCUAAAUUUAAAAAAGCAGAAAAGGAAACAGAAAUGAUAACUUGUUUUGAACGCGCUACUGAUUUAGGAUUAUUAUAUCUUCAAGAGCAAGAUAUGUCCCAACCUGUUUUAGUAGGUAGCGAAAGUUCUUCUACACGUAGAAUGGGAACGAUUUUAGAAACAGCAUUACAACGUGCGCCAAUAGUUCUUAUAAAAACAGGAAAACUUCAAGAAGCUGUUGAAAGAUAUCGUGUAAUGUUGAAUGCUAUUGAAACUCGUACUACACAAUCUUUAAGACUGACAUUGGCUCGUCAAUUAGCCGAAGUAUUAUUACGUGGUGUUUCUGGAACAAUUUACACCCCACCGAAAAAUUUGUCUUCAUCUAAAUCCGGUUCAGCAAAAAAAUUAUGGAAACCUACAAAAUAUUCUGGACGUAAUUUUUUUGUGCCGAGAAAUCAACAUGAAGAAACUAUAUUACUUUUGCUUAUUUCUGAAUCUUUAGCAGUACGCGAUGCCGUUCUUUCGCAAAGUCCCGAAUUUAGGGUUGCUCGAAUACAUGCGCUUGGUAAUGCAACUGCUGUGUACGAUCUUUUAACUUUAGCUACAGUGCGCUGGAAUUUAAUAAAUUUGUUAAACGAUUCUUUUGAAAAAUCAUUAAAAUUUACAUUUUGCGAGCAACACGUUUGGGGACAAUAUGCUUUAAGUCUCGUCUCUUUAAAUCGACAUUCGCAUGCUAUUAAAGCCUUGAAAGAAUCUUCCAAACUGGCACCAAAUGAUCCAGUUUUAUGCCUUUUGUCAGCACGAUUAUGUUAUGAACAUUUGGGUUUAAUUCAAAAAGGUCUUCAACAUUCUGAGCAAGCCUUGAUGAAAGGAGUAAAGGGUAUUCAUCCAACACGAACCCAACUUUAUAUAGGAAUUGGACUACAACAAAAUGCCGUAAAUGCGACACUGAGAUCCGAAAAAGAAAAAUAUAGUGCUUUGGCAUUGAAAGCUCUUGAAAAAGCUGUGCAAAACGACCCAAAUGACCAUUUAGCUGCAUAUUACUUAGCUCUACAACAUGCAUUUAAUUAUAACAUUCCUGAAGCGCUAGUUCACAUAGGAAAUGCACUCAACUUAAGGACAGAGCAUGCACCUAGUUUACAUUUGUUUGGUUUGUUAUUAACAGCAAGUCGCCGUCCCCGAGAAGCUUUAUCUGUUAUUGAGGAUGCUUUGCAAGAAUUUCCAGACAAUUUGAACUUGUUGCAUGUUAAAGCCCACCUGCAACUUUAUUUGUAUGAUCCGGAAACUUCUUUAAUGACUGUUCAAAAAAUGCUUUCAUUAUGGAGAGAUUUGUAUGAAAUGCAGGCUGUUGGCACAAAUAAUGAAAAUGAUGUCGCGGAAAGACAAUCUGACACCAGAAGUCUUCUUCAAUUACAACAUUCAUCGCAAUUGUCAGAUAAAGAUUCUAAUUCAAUUUAUGCAGCUUCUGUAGCAGCAGUAUCUCGAGUUGAACAAGCGUUGAGUGAAGUGGCUAGUUCGUUAAGUUCUUUUAACCCAAGAUCAGGUCCUCAGAGUGCGUGGAUGAUUCAACUAAAGGUAUGGCUGCUAUUAGCUGAUAUAUAUUUAACAAUUGAUCAACCAAAUGAAGCCCUCAACUGUAUAUUAGAGGCUUCACAAAUUUAUCCAUUAUCUCACCAAAUUAUGUUUAUGCGCGGACAAGUAUACGUUUAUCUAUCUCAAUGGACAGAUGCGAAACAAUGCUUUUUAAAUGCAGUAGCAGCAAAUCCAUGUCAUACCGAUGCUUUACGAUAUUUGGGUGAAACUCAUCAUAUAUUGGGAGAACCACGUUUAGCUGAAAAAAUGUUAAAAGAUGCAGCAAAAUUAGAUCCAAAUUGUCCAAAAAUAUGGUUUAGUUUAGGCAAAGUACUAGAAACUCUUGGGGACUAUACCGCAUCUGCUGAUUGUAUGGCAACAGCUCUGCAAUUAGAGCCUUCAUGUCCUGUUUUGCCCUUUACCUCAAUAUCUCUAACAUUUGAAUGAGGAAUACGAAUACAAUGUUAUUUGUUUUGCCUAAAUAUCUUCCACUAAAAAAUAUAUAUCUUCUUUAAUUUUUAAUAAAAGUAUUAUCGAUUUGUGUUUUAUGUUUAAAAUUAAAAUAAAUCUAGAAUCAGUAUAAAAUUUCUUUAUUAUAUUAUGAACUAUUAUAAUUUGUGAAUUAUAAAAAGAAAAAAAUGUUAUUAACAUUCUCUGUUUUUGGAAGCCAACACAUAUUACUUGUAUUUUGCUUCACGAUUUAUUUGUUGUUGGAUUUUUUUUUACUGUUAAAACUAAUAUUAUAUACUUAUAUAUAAAAAAGCUAAAUGUAAAAUAAUUACUAAAUUAUUUGUGUAUAUACAUAUAUUUUAAUCAGGGAUUUAGAAAAAAAUUGGGAUAUAAAUUAGUUAAAAUUAUUUAAUAAUGCUCUAUAUAUUAAGUAUGUAGAUAAUAUAAAUGAGUUUAGAUUACAAUUCGACUCACUUAAUAGAUGCUAUAAAGCGAUUUUCUAAGAUGUAACAUUAUAUAAAAUAUUAUGAAGUAAUAUAGCAAAAAAUAUGUCAGAAACAAUUAAAAAGCGUAACGAGUAAAUAUUUAGUUGUAAAUGUGAAAAAAACCAAUAAAACGUUGAUUAACAUAAAAAGAAGAA